GCUUGCUUACGCGCCGCGAAUUCGUGACACGAGCACGAGCGUGACGAACGCGGAGUGAGUGCGUACUGAAAAUAAACAGAGAGUAGUGGUGUGGUGACAAGAGCGCGGGUCGAACGAUGGCUUCGCCGAACAAAAAAGCCAAGGAAUUAGAGGAUCCAGGUUCGGGGGAGGGUGUUGAAUCACGGGAUUACGACAUUGAAAUACAAAAGACACUCGAAGAGAUUGACGGGUGUCAGAAUCAAAUCGAUGGCCUCAAUGAGAAGGCCAGCGAUGAAAUCCUCGAAGUCGAGAAGAAGUAUAAUAAGUUGCGUAAGCCCUAUUUCCAGAAACGGAAUGACAUUAUUAAGAGGAUACCCAAUUUUUGGGUCACUGCUUUUGUAAACAAUAAGGAAAUAGCAGAAAUAUUGGAAGAAGAUGAAGAAGAUGCGCUUCGAUUUUUAAAUAAAUUAGAAGUUGAAGAAUUUGAAGAUAUUAAAUCAGGUUAUAGAAUUAAUUUUCAUUUUGAUGAAAACCCAUAUUUUGAAAAUGACGUCCUUACAAAGGAGUUUCAUCUAGGUUCUUCUGGAGAUCCAGCAUCUCAAAGUACACCUAUACGUUGGAAAGAAGGUGCAGAUUUAACAAAAAGAGCAAAAACCAAAGCCCCGUUAAAAGGUCGUAAAAGGCCAUUAAAACACAGGUCAUUUUUUGAUUGGUUUACGGAUCAUGGAGAUCCAAGUUCAGAUGAAAUAGCAGAGUUAAUUAAAGAUGAUAUGUGGCCUAAUCCAUUACAGUAUUAUUUGGCACCAGAUAUGGAUGUUGAAAAUGGCAUUGAAGGUGAUGGUGAAGAUUGCGAUACAGAAGAAGAGGAAGAAGAAGAAGAUGGUGGUGCGGACGAAGGUGAUGAAGCAGGUGAAGGUGAGGAAGGAGAUGAUAGCAUAGUUGUUGUCGAAGAUGAUGUAGAUGAAGAUGAUGAGGAAGAAGAGGCUGUGAAUGAUGAAGAUGAUGGAGUAAACGAAGAGGAUGAUUUAUUGGUAGAUGAUGAAGUGGAUCGUGAAGAUGGCGAGGGAGAGGAACCAGAAUAGAAUAUAAAGUUGGUUUUCCACAAUAUUGGUUACAGUCAUAGACACUAAAAAAAGGAUCGCUGAAAAUACACAUCAGGUUGAUUGAAAAUAAAGUUUGUAGAACUGAAAAUAUUGAGCCAUAUGAAUAAACCUUGGGACAAUUUUGGGAAAAUAAAGUAGAAAACAGAAUUCAGUAGACCUAAUCUUUAUCGGCGUGAAGGAAAUUGUACGUACAAAAGUACAAUAUUUGUUUGAUUGUGCCGAAACAAAGAAAAAAUGGUCUGAGAUAAAUUAGAUAGGUUUCACACUGCACUUUGUUCUAAAACUAUACCGCAAUACAGAACGAAUUCCUUAGUUAUAUUCAUAUGGCCUAGUCAUUCUCUAUAGAGUAGGUGUACGAUGAAGAACACCUGCUCAUCUUCAUCGUGAUACAAUUACAUUAAGGAAAGAAUAAAUUAUAAGAUAUAAACGAGAUAGUGGACAGGUGUUCUUUUCGUCUUGUUUUGUCACAAAAAUCUACUUCAUCGCACUACUUCCGGAACGAGGUGUUUUAAAUAUUUUUGAGAGUGACAGUAUAAUAGAUAUAUGUUCAAAUAUACAGUAUUUGAUUUUUAUCGUGGAGAGAUUUAAUUUUUUAAAAUAGUAAAAUGUGUGUGAUACAUUUAUUAAGAUUUGUAAUUUAUUAUUAGAAUACGUUUAUGAAUUAUAAUCGUAAUUUACAGUUACAGUUUGUUUAUUAAUUUAGAAGUGUAAAGAAAGUGAAGGUAAAUUUAAUAUAUUCUCAGUAAUUGAAUUUAUUUUGAAUGUCAAUUGGAAACAUAUCGCAAAACAUAGUAAUGUGUAUAAAGGUGUAUAGAAUGUAAAGAAUUCAUGCUUUUUUACAACUUUAUUAUAAUUCUGUCAUAUCCGCGGUGUAACAUUACAAAUUUAUACUAUUUGAAAGUGUCGAACGUUUUUAUACAGUUAUUUUUCAUUACGUAACAUUUUGUGAUUUUCUUAUUGAUGAUAAUACACUAAUGUUUUAUACACAUACACACGCGCGCGCGCACGCACGCACGCACGCACACACACACAUUCAUAUAUGUAUGUAUAUGUAUUAAGUUUACUAUCGAUGAAAUUGGUUUAUUAUGUCAAACUCAAUUAAAUCUCUAUUCAUUUUGAAUGCAAAUAAAAUGUAACUAUUACAUUGUUUUAGCAUAUUCUUUUGUCACUUUUUGAAAAUGUAUCAUACUACAAUUUAGUGAUGUUGAAUGAUACAAUAAAAUCAAUUUUAUUAUGUUAAGUAUAUAAAUCUGUUGAAAUACGAUUUAAAUAAAUCCAAUGUAAUACAACUGAUUGGUAGAUAUAGUAAAACUAUAUCUACCAAACUACUAUAUCUACCGAUUGGUAGAUAUAGUAAAACUCAUUAUUUUAGUAGAUAUUUAUUACUGUUCUAUUUAUUCAAAUGUACAAAUAUACAAAUAUUUGUAUUAUAAUUUGUCAAAUGUUCCACUUGAUCAAGAAUUGAUACUUGUCACACUCAAAAUGAAAAUCAAUUCACGAAGGUCACCUCGUUCUUCUUCCAGAUUUUACAUUAUAAAUUUUCCACUUUUGCGAAGAGAAAAUAUAUCGCAAGCGUUUUUCAUGCGUAAUUUUGACACGUACUUUUAAUUCUAACGGCACCUUUAUACAUUAUUGUUACGCGCCAAAGGUGAAGUUAGAAUGAGGAGUAAUCAUAACUCUGUUAUAUCUCCCGCGAUGUGCCAACCAAGAACACAUUGCGAUCGAUUUUAGAUUUCGGUGCAAAUAAGGGUUCUAUUGAAAGGUUUGAUUAAGCGUUUCCUUUGGAGUCUAGGAAAAAUCAAAUAAUUACAUCGCCCGAAAUAGUUAACAUGCAGUUACAUCUGAUUUAAUUACUUAAAGUUAUCCAAGAAACACGUUUUAGGAUAAAAUCUGUUUAUUAGCUCUUGGAUAAAACAGUUUCGAAUUAAGGAAAAUCUUUCGAUUAACAUGAAAUUAUUAUAGUAUUGAAAAUCUCUUAGAGUAAGAUUCCUAUUUUUCUACCAAAUAUUUAAAGGUUAGCAAAGUAAGCAAUUAUUUGAUUCCUCCUAGAAAACGAUGAGGUACGCUUGUCUACGACAUAUUCUGUCAUAAUUAUCAGCCAAUGUCCUGAAGUGAAAUAUUCAAUGUUAAUGAAAAUGCGCGUUAACGUGACGUAUUAGACCUGCGUAGAGAUUUGGCAUAUGGCCGCACAAAGGGCACUUAUGUCCGAGAUAAGUGAGUCAGAAUCAGACGGACGUACAACAACUGGGUGUAAGAAUUUUUUGAAUCAAUUGACGUACUCGUGUCACGCAAUCAUACAGUAAAUGAACGAAAUAAAGUUGUCAGUUUGAGAUAGGAAUGAGUUUUUUAUAUUUGGGACUACUUAGAAAUACGCAAAUGUAAGACGUUUUAAUACGAAAAAUGAUUCAACAUUUUAUCCCAAAUUUUUACUUUUACAACAUUAUCCGAGCAAAACACGUUCAAUAUUGUUAUAUCAAUUUUCAAGUACCGUCUUUGCACGAUUUAUUUUUCUGCUUAUUUUUCUUUGUAUGAAUUUUCGUUUCUUUAGAGAAACUAUUUUCUAGAAAUAUUAUUCUUAUUUUAAAUGACCAUCCCUGAUUUUCUUCCUUUCUAAGGAUAUAAAACGAAGCUUAUGAAAUUUUGUCAAAAUUUAUAUAAUUAUUUAAAGCAAAAAAUGUUGUAACAGCUUACGUUUCAUGCUUACCUCUGUUUUACCUCACUCUUGUAAAAACUUGCAAAGAAAUUGAUAUGACAAAGGAAUAAGAUGGAAAAGAUAUAAAUAUAAUAGGUAAUAGAUACACAUAAGCAUUACAUUUAAAUAUAUACUAUUCUGUAUGAAUUUUAUAAGAGGUAAAAAAUUCAUUGAGAAAAUGCUUUAAUCGUUAUAGAAUUUUGUUGAUAUAAAGGGAAUCAGGGAUGUGAUACUAAACGACGAUUAUCCGAACUAAUUUCGGAAAUUAAUUAUCCUUGAUAAUUAAUGUUUUAAAUACUCAAUAUAAAGCAGUGAACAAAGUGUUUUUUAAAACACGGUACUUUUAAAAAGUAGACAAUUUCCAAACUAAAAAUUAUCCGUUUUGUAGCGUUUCAAUAUAAAUAUUACUUAUAGUUUUACAUACGUAACAAUUAUUUUAUACAGUAAAAUAAAGAGACUCAGUCAAUGAAUGCAUUUUUAUUAGAUGGGUAUUUGCAUACAAAUAACAAGUAUUUAUCACAAAAAAUAAAUCUGUUGUAUCGAGUAAAACAAAAGUACUGUUUCUUUUCUUUUUUCUUCUGUUUGGAAAAUUUGGUGUAUUUAUUAAUUUUAUACCUAUUCUUAUUAAUUCCAAUUCUACGUUGAUAUUUAAAUUUUAAUAACACUUCCGUUAGAAAAUGGUCAAUUUUCUAUUAUAAUAAUACCUUUUUCCUUCCGCACAUAUUCAUUCUCGUUCUUGUUAUAUUUUGUCGAGGACAACUGACAAAGAAAAUGUCAACUUCGUACCAUCUAUAGAAAAUAUUACGUAUUUACAAAAAUUCAGUAUAAAAAGGCGGUUUUUAUAAUUCAAGUCCUGUUUAAAUGCUAUACAUACACAUAAUGGGUACUGUGGAGUUAUCGUAUUUUGAUAAUUCAAUUUCUUGUUUGGAUAAUCGACGUUUCUUUCAUCGCCUGAAAAUGUCCUAAUUUCCAAUAAAGUUUACCAUUAUUUAGGUAAGCUAGAAUAAACCAUUUUUCUAAAUUAAUAAUUUAUUAUUGUACGUCUAUAAGAGUUUGAAAAAUAAUUUGUAAAAAUGACAUGUAUUUUCUAUAAGGGCAGCAAGUUUCAUCUUAUUUUUUUGUCUAUUACAUUGUAAAAAAUAAUAUUUGCGGAAAUUACUUUAAGUUAUAAUUUAUUACGAUAUUAAACCUUAUCAUAAUUUUUGUCAUA